UCUCUGUAACACUCCUGCAGUCUUAAGGAGCGUGAGUUUACUUCUGGGAAGUUCCAGCCCAUGUUUGGAGAUGUUCCUCAGGGCUGCUGUCCCAUCAAGGAAAACUCUAGAAAGCACUGGAGUGAACACGAGGAGAGAGAGAGAGAGAGAAAGCCUUGGCACGCCUUUCACUCAGAGACUUCCUCACGCGCACACGGACACGCACGCGGACACAGAGUACCGACAUGGCUCAGGCAAAAAUCAGCGCCAGAAUAAACACCGACGCCUCGAAAGGCAAAUUCAGUAGGUCAGUGUCCAUGGCGGAUCGAUCCAUGCGUUUACUGGAGAGUUUGGAUGAAAUUGAAAUGAGAGGUUUAACCGUCGUGUUUCUCAGGGUGGAGGCACUAAGGGAAACGGCCACAGCUAUGGAACAAGAACGGGAGUGCUUAAUCGAAGCGAUCCAGUCCAUUCAGAACAGCCAGGAAAUGCGAACCAUUUGUGACGGAGAACGAGAAGAACUCACGGUGACCGCUAGCAGACUCAUGAACCGGACACUGACGGUGACCGUCUCUGUAGACACUAUCCGGAGCACACAGCAGGAAGACGCGUUGAGGUCAGCUACAGCAAUCAUCGACGAGAUCGCUGCUAAAGUGCUCGACGACAUGGAGAGUGCGAGGAAGAAGCUGCAGGCGCUUCACGCCGCCUGUCUUACAGAGGCACCGCUUGUUCCAAUUGACCAGAAAUUCCAGAGCAUUGUGAUCAGCUGCGCAUUAGAAGACCAGAAGAAAAUCAAGCGGCGACUCGAGACGCUCAUACGGAACAUGGACAACGCUGAGAAAACCAUUAAGAUAAUGGAUAACCAGAAGGUGGAGGAGUCCAAAUGUGCCAAUGGUGAAUGAUGACAUGGGAUUAAGACACCACCUCUCGAGUGGAGUGCCUAACUAAAACCUUCACUAAUCACUGGGAAACUUUUUCUCUUAUACCACCAUUUGGACUUCUUUUCAUAAGAAUAUCAGAAACACAUCUUGUAUUAUAUUUGAUGCUUUGUAACAGGGGCAACUAAAUUAAAAUGGAAGCAUGUAAUGGCAACAGAAUAUAUCACAUAUACUACACUGCUAAAGGUUUUGGGACACCCCUCCAAAUCAUUGUUGUUUUUCAGUGGUUGGGCUUGGCCCCUUAGUUGAGUUAAUAGUGAAGGGAACUCUUAAUGCUUCAGCAUACCAAGACAUUUUGGACAAUUUCAUGUUCCCAACUUUGUGGGAACAGUUUGGGGAUGACCCCUUCCUGUUCCAACAUGACUGCUCACCAGUGCACAAAGCAAGGGCCAUAAAGACAUGGAUGAGUGAGUUUGGUGUGGAGGAACUUCACAGAAUCCUGACCUCAACCUGAUAGAACACCUUUGGGAUGAAUUAGAGCGGAGACUGUGAGCCAGACCUUCUCGUCCAACAUCAGUGCCUGACCUCACGAAUGCGCUUCUAGAGGAAUGGUCAAAAACUCCCAUAAACACACUCUAAACUCUUCCCAGAAGAGAUUACAUUCAUGGGCAGACAUCCCAGUUUUGGCCUGGCUCACAGUCUCCAUUCUAAUUCAUCCCAAAGGUGUUCUAUCGUGUGCAGUCAUGUUGGAACAGGAAGGGGUUGUCCCUAAACUGUUCCCCCAAAGUUGGGAGCAUGAAAUUGUGCAAAAUAUCUUGGUUAUACUGAAGCAUUAAGAGUUUCUUUCACUGGAACUAAGGGCCCAAGCCCAACCCAUGAAUUCAAUGAUUUGGAGGGGUGUCCCAAAACUUUUGGCAAUCUAGUGUAUCUUGACAACUUGGAUAUGUUCUCAUGUAUCUCUUAGAUGUUAUUUAAAGCCUCUACUAACAAAACCUAAUUAAUGAGAGCCGAAACAUCUGUGAGAUUAAGAAGAAAACUGACUAAUACUUAUAAAUAAAUAUAAUAGUUUAUAUUUCCAAGUCCUGUGCACAUCAGUAGCUGAGACCAAUUAUGAACUUUUCAGUAUUUCCCAGGGAAGAAAGAGAUUCAGAAACAAAACAAAGCCAAACACUGUGGUUAGGCUUAAGGUUUAAUCCAGCUUCAAGAUAUCCAGCGUUGUGUACUAUAGCACCCCUAACGUAUAGGGUGUAUUUUGAGCUGCAUAUGGUAUGCACAUAUUGAGGGUUCAAAUUAGACCUCGUCUGGUAUCCUGCUCUAGUGGAAUUCUUCAUAAGGUUGUUAAGGUUGUCACAUGGUCUAGUACAACGCUUGUCACGGUAGCCAAGGACGAGCGAAGUGAAGGGAUGUUUGAGAAGCUUACGCAAAUGGAAAUGGGAUCGCGUUUAAGUGCUAAGCGCUGUUGAGAGGCCACUGAUCAAACAAACUCAAAUAACACUCAGAAGUGUUAUACCAUGCAGUAUCUCAGCAUCUACCUUUAAAGGAACGAUCCUGCAGUAUUUAAAACCACCUCCAUAUUCGUUCCCCCACCCAAAUGGUCAUUUAAAUAAAUUACUGAUGCACAGUGUAACAAUGUAGUACAUGAAUAUAGCUUAGACAGAUCAAUACAGUACAGAAAAAAAUAUAUAAAAUAUGUUAAAUGGAGACUGAAGGUUAAAAUAGAUUCUUUAUUUGUAAAAUGACUACCAUCUACCAGAGCAAAGACGUAAAUGUACAAAGUGACGCCAGAUAAGACACGUUUGAGGGGAAAGAAGAGAGAGAGAGAAAAAAAAAAAAACUUAUCACAGAAAAGUAUAUUUUUUUUUCUUUUCCUUUUCUUGUUUUUUUUUUUUUUUUAACAA